UGCACGAUAUGAUACAAUGUAAAGAUAUAUAACAGCGCGAGAAUCGAUGUGUUGACAGAGCAAUGUAAUUGCAGAGGAAAACUCAGUAUGUAAAUUGCUCAUUUGCGGACGGGUUAUAUUUCAAUGAUCUCCUUAAACAUAUUUCUGAUUUCAUUACGCCUAGCGGCAUACCAGACACUUUCCAGCGUGGCCAUAGAUACGUUUAAAUUGGUUUAAGUAGCCUUUUAGCAUAGAAGAUAGAAAUAUGUGUGUGAAAUAUCGCCACUGGGGUUUAUUGGCUGACUGGUCAUCGAAUGUCACAUCGGAUUUACGACGAGCUGCAUGUAUGAUAAUUCACUCUACAGUCAAAGUAUAAUUUGAAAAGUGCCAGAAAUUGCAGAAUGGCUACCGGCUUAGCGAACCUGACAGAAGAAUUUGAAAGUUUCGCAAGAGCAGCCAAAGUUUUAGAGGAAUGGAAGAUUAGUACGGCGAAAAAUAUGGACGAUAUGUUCUUAAUCAUUAUGGGGAUAAUCAUCUACCUGAUGCAGGGUGGUUUUGCCUUGAUCGAGGCUGGCUGUGUCCGAAGUAAAAAUACUACCAACAUUCUUAUUAAGAACCUGUUAGAUUCUUUUAUCUCGGGAGUUUUCUAUUGGAUUUUCGGUUACGCCUUUGCCUUUGGGGCGGGGAACGCCUUCAUUGGACACGAGCAUUUUGCCCACAUCGGCCUCAGUGAUUCCUCGUACUCCUCGUGGUUUUUUCAGUAUGUUUUCGCGGCUACCGCCGCCACCAUAGUUUCUGGAGCAGUGGCAGAGAGAUGCGAGUUCGCAGCCUACCUUGUAUAUAGCUCUGUAAUUACAGGAUUUAUUUACCCAGUAUUGACGCAUUGGGCAUGGACCUCUGAAGGUUGGUUGAGUCGGGGCUUUACUUAUGACUCGGGCGACAACUCAACUACCGGUACAGUUACCAUAUCAUACCAGGACUUCGCGGGAAGCGGUGUGGUGCAUGUUUGUGGUGGGGUAGCCGCAUUUGUAGGGGCAGCGGUUAUGGGAGCCAGAAUUGGGAGAUUCGAUAAAGAAACGGGGAAACCGGAGGAUAUAAAAGGCCACUCUGUACCUUUAGCUGCACUCGGUGGAUUCAUUCUAAUCUUUGGAUUUCUGGCAUUCAAUGGCUCCUCACAAGGUGCCAUUUCCAAUCCCGGAGAUGGCGUUGCUGUCGCCAUGGCGAUAAAGAACACUGUAAUGUCAGGUACUUCCGGUGCUUUCACCACGAUGUUCUUGAACAAGCUUCCAUGCUUUGGAGACCGAAAAUGGAGUUUUGCUACCACCCUUAAUGGUGCUCUGGCGGGGAUGGUUUCUAUCUGCGCUGGAUGUAAUCAAAUGGAAACAUACAGUGCCUUCUUAGUGGGAAUAGGAGGAGGUAUUGCAUAUAUGGUCACCACGUGGUUAGUUCUCUUUAAACUGAAAGUAGACGAUCCUUUGGACGCAUGCGCAGUGCACUACGGAGGGGGAACGUGGGGUGUGAUUGCAGUGGGGCUGCUGUCUAGAGACGUGGGAAUUUUUUAUAGAUGGGAUGCCGAAUCCGCACUGACCAUGGUAUGGCAACUAACGGGAUUGCUGGCCAUCAUAGCCUGGACUGGCGCUCUCUGUUUUAUAAUGUUCUUUACACUUAAGAAGCUUCACUCCCUGAGGGUAACAUUCGAGGCUGAAAUGAAAGGUUUGGACAUUCCAAAACACGGAGAACCGGCGUACCCGGCGGAAGCCUACGGACACGGAUGGGGUGAGAAGGGGGAUACACUCUUCACAAUGGUCAGAAAGGCAACGCAAGGGUACUCCAGCACCAUCAAACUCGCUCCGUCAGAAUUGUCCCUUGGGAAUGUGAGCGUUCCAUCCAGCAACACAGACAAAACACAGCUCUAAAAGCUGACCUAUUCUGCAGAAUUGCUAUAAAUACUGUUUAAUCUGUAAAAAGCCACUAUUUUCUAAUGGGAUUUACAUUCUACACAGGGCUCACGGCGGAUGUGACCGGUUGACAGGGGAUGCUUACUCCUCCUAGGCACCUGAUCCCACCUCUGGUGUGUCCAGGGGUCCGUGUUUGCCUAACUCUCUCUCUCUCUCUCUCUCUUUUGUAUUGUUUAUAGGAGUUAUGAGGUUGAUCAUUGUUAUCUCUACCUUUUCAUACAUGUACAGUUUAUAUAAACUUGUGAAAUUUUAUAUAGAUUUCAAAACUUAAAAAGAAAAGUCCUCACAAACCUUGAUAUGUUCCUGUAUCCAGUAAAUGUUCUACCAAGCCCUUAUCUUUGUUCCUCACGAAAAUAUUAACUGCUAUGAAGAAGAAACUUCAAACGUUUUGUGCUACGGUAUAUGGCAGAAGCGGUGUAAAUUAAAUAAGUAUUCUCAAAAAUUUCAAAGAACAUUUAGUAAAUUUAAAAUCACAAAACCUCCCCCAAAUCAGCAUCAUCAAAACCUAUGACAUUUCAACACUUUACACGACCAUUCCUCAUGAUAAAUAAAGACUAGACAUUUUGACAGUUGCUGCUUCAAUAAACAUGGAUCUCGGAAAUAUUCAUAUCUCGUGAUCGUUCAUUCAAAAAAUUACUUUGUGAAACACCACUCUGGUUCUACGCACAUUGAUAUUAAAAAAUAUGCUGGAGUUCCUCAUUGACAAUAUCUUUGUAGUCUUUGGUGAUCAAGUUUCCCAAGAGUCUGUUAGAAUUCCCAUGGGCACGAAUUGUACUCCUUUAUUAGCUGACCUGGUUUUGUAUUCCCACGAGGCAGAAUUAAUUCAAAAUCAUCUAUAUGAGAAGGAAAGAAAUCUACUGUGGACUUCAACUCGACAUUUAGAUAUAUCAAUGACGUUUUAUCCAUUAACAAUAAUCAGUUUCAUUCAUAUGUCGAUUUGAUAUAUCGCAAUGAACUCGAAAUAUAUAAUACCACAGAGUCUUCUACAUCUGUUACAUACUUAAAUAUUUUACUGAACAUAGAUGUUAACGACAAACUAACAUCACCACUUUAUGACAAACGGGAUGAUUUCAGCUUCUCCAUAGUCAACAUUCCAUAUUUAUGUAGCAAUAUUCCACUAUCACCUUCAUAUGGUGUUUAUAUCUUUCAACCGAUUCGAUACGCAAGAGCUUGUUUUGCGUAUGAUCAGUUUUUAAAUCGAGGUAAGCUACUGACAAGCAAGUUCAUGGUACAGGGGUUUCAACAGUCUGCGUAUGGUCACUUUUGAAAUAGAGGCUGGAUACUGACAAAUAUGUUGAUGUUACAGGGAUCUCGUGUAAAAAGAUUUCGCAAAUAUUAUGGUGGAUAUAACGAUCUAAUUUACCAAUACAAUCGGUCAUUGGGUAAAUUGAUGUUUGAUACCAAUUGAGGCUGUUAUUUGACUACGGAUUAAUCCGAUUACCCGAUCGAGAUAUAGGGCUCACGGCGGAUGUGACCGAUCAACAGGAGAUGCUUACUCUCCCUAUGCACCUGAUCCCACCUCUGGUGUUUCCAUGAGUUCGUGUUUGCCCUUCCAGGAGUUCGUGUUUGCCCUUUUCUUAAUUUUGUAUUCUCUAUUGGAGAUUGAUCCCUCGUUACUUCACCUUUUCAUGCAUGUAUGUAGAUGUGAUUCUCCCCUUUAUACAUACAUAUACAUUGUAUGUACAUGUAAUUGUAAUUCUCCCAUGAUGUACGCAUAUACCGUUAGUGUGCGAUUUUCCCGUUACGUACAUACUGUUAUAUAUAAUGUUAUUUUCUCGUUAUGUAAAUUUAUAUAAAUAUAAUUAUGCC